CGACACCGUACGCGUCUGCCUGUGCGCCAGAAAAAAGGGAGAGAGACUCAGCUCCGAUAUCUGGCCCCCAGCACGACUGCCGUCGAAUUUGCUUCGACCACGAAAUACGAGCACCAGCCGAUUUCACAGCCCCCUUCCAUCGACCCCUAGUCUUUCCCAACCUAACCUCUCCAGGAUCUAACCAACUGCAGCCCACAAUCUCUCACCAGGGCUUGGCCAAACCAACUCCGGUUCUCAGUGCAGGAUGUCUUCAACUACGACUUCCGGCUUGACACGACGUCGAGGUGGUGGAGGUGGUGGUUCCGCCAAUGGCGAAGGUGGUGAAGCCAGCCGCGCCAACUCCUCGAGCAACUUCAAGGACGCGACCCCCGAGACGAGCUAUGAGAGUGGCGACAAUGGCCAUAAGAUCGCAUUCGACCCCAGAGACAUCAGCGAGACCGCAGAGAGGAACAAGCAACCCAAGCUGACUCUGAUGGAGGAGGUCUUGCUUCUGGGAUUAAAGGACAAACAGGGCUAUCUAUCCUUCUGGAACGACAACAUAUCCUAUGCUCUCCGUGGCUGCAUUGUCCUCGAGCUCGCUUUCAGAGGCCGGAUCAGCAUGCACAAGGACCCGGCGCGGCGCCGAUUCCCCUUGGCAGACCGUGUUAUCGAGGUUAUCGACGACACACUCACCGGCGAAGUGCUACUCGAUGAGACAUUGAAAAUGAUGAAAUCGAGCGAGAAGAUGAGCGUUAGCUCGUGGAUUGACCUAUUGAGCGGCGAGACGUGGAAUCUCAUGAAGAUUGGCUACCAACUCAAGCAAGUACGGGAGCGUCUUGCCAAGGGCCUUGUGGACAAGGGCAUUCUGCGCACCGAGAAGCGCAACUUCCUCCUCUUCGAUAUGGCCACGCAUCCGGUCGCCGACAGCGGUGCCAAGGAGGAGAUCCGACGCCGUGUGCGGAACGUGCUCACACAACGCACAGUCGUGCUGAACGGCACCCAGUUCCUCCCCGAGCACCUCGAGUUCAGAUACGUCCGAACCAUUGCCUUGGUCUGCGCCGCAUACGCGGCCAACGUUCUCGAGAACGCGCUGUCGACGCUCGGCCACGAGGCACGCGAGAGGGCAUUCACUCAGACAGAUGAGCUGCUGGCCGAGUACAGCCAGUGGCCAUUCGGCAAGAGGGCCACCGGAAACGGCGUCGGAGCAAACUUGCCACAGGUUAUCAGCGAGGAGGUCAACAAUGCGAAGGAUAAGGAGCUCCAGCUGGAAGUUGUUGCGGCCUGCCUCAGCGUUUUCACACGCCUCGACUCCCUGCUUUAGCGGCCUUCUUCACAAAACUUCCUCGUUUGUCAACUUAUUCUUCCUGGAUUCCCGGACAAACCUCCCCCUACACCAAUGGCCCUCGAGGACAGCGGGGAAGUAGUGAGGGCGACUCUGGUUGGGCGGGCGGACUGGGUUUCUCGUUAAGAUACCUCCUCCGCUAGAAGGAUGAUGAGUACCAUGGUGAGCACGCAUAGGGCAAGUGCCCUUGCAUGCAUGAUGCGAAGCCGGGCAGGAGCAGGCGCGGCAGAUCUAGGACACCGGUAUGCCUCGCACAAGCUAUAAAAGUGAGUUGGGGUGAUGUGUACCCGGCAACUCGUUUUGAGGGAUAGAAAAUGUGAGACGCAACACGCUCUCUUACAUCACGGUCGUUGGGCGGGAGCGCCCCCUUAAAUCUGGCUGGGUAAUGAAUGGAA